UAACCAAAGCUUCUUGGUUCUCACGGGGCUCUCAAAUGGGUCUCUCCCGAAUUUUCCCUCUUGUAUCAAAACUAUCCAAAAACUUCAUUCGCAAUCGAACACUCCCUACCGAAAAUCCAUCUGGGUUCCUCUGCAACCGCACUGCUAGUUUUCACAGAGCAAUCCACGACGGUCUGGAAAAACCCCUAGUGAUAGAUGACGCCGGUGAUAAAACCCCACUUCUCAAAAACCCCGAAGUCUCAGAAGAUGCUGAGAAAAUCUGUAAAAUUCUAUCCACCAGAAGCUCUAAUUCCCCAAUCGAGAGCUUCCUCGACGGCGCUUCAGUCGAGGCGUCGCCGACGCUUGUGGUGGAGGUCUUGAAGAAGCUCAGCAACUCCGGCGUCCUCGCGCUCUCGUUUUUCCGGUGGGCGGAGAAGCAGAAAGGGUUUAAGCACAGCACGGAGAGCUACAAUGCGUUGAUCGAAGCUCUGGGUAAGAUCAAGCAGUUCAAGGUGAUGUGGGAAUUGGUGAAUGAAAUGAAGAUCAAUGGGAUGCUGAGCAAAGAGACUUUCGCACUGAUUUCACGGCGAUAUGCGAGGGCGAAGAAGGUUAAGGAAGCCAUUGAUGCGUUCGAGAAGAUGGCGAAGUUUGGAAUGAAGGUGGAAGGGUCAGAUUUCAAUAGAUUGAUUGAUACUCUGAGCAAGUCGAGGCAGGUUGAGAGAGCACAGGAGGUGUUUGAUAAAAUGAAGAAGAGAAGGUUUGAACCCGAUAUCAAGUCGUACACGAUUUUAUUGGAAGGAUGGGGCCAAGAACAGAACUUUUUGAGGUUGAAUGAGGUUUAUCGAGAGAUGAAGGACGAGGGUUUUGAUCCGGAUGUUGUGACAUAUGCUAUUCUGAUCAAUGCACAUUGUAAAGCGAAGAAGUACGAUGAAGCGAUUGAGUUGUUUCGCGAGAUGGAGGCAAAGAAUAUCAAGGCUACUCCUCAUAUAUUCUGCAUUUUGAUUAAUGGGUUGGGUUCUGAAAAGAGGCUGAGUGAAGCCCUUGAGUUUUUUGAAUUGAACAAAGCCAGUGGUUUCGUACCGGAGGCACCCACGUACAAUGCUCUUGUGGGGUCUUACUGCUGGUCGAUGCGGAUGCAGGAUACGUUUAGGGUGGUGGAUGAGAUGAGGAAAUGUGGAAUCGGUCCCAAUGCCCGAACUUACGACAUAAUCUUGCAUCACUUGGCAAAGGCUCGAAGAACCGAACAAGCUUACUCCAUUUUCCAGCAAAUGAGUAGGGAGCCUGGCUGUGAGCCAACAGUAAGUACGUAUGAAAUCAUGGUGAGGAUGUUUUGUAACGAGGAGCGCGUCGAUAUGGCAAUGCAGGUUUGGGAUCUGAUGAAGACCAGAGGAGUCCUGCCGGGAAUGCACAUGUUCUCCACAUUGAUUAACAGCUUGUGUCAUGGGAAUAAGUUAGAUGACGCUUGCAAGUACUUUCAAGAGAUGCUGGAUGCCGGUAUUCGACCUCCAGCACAGUUGUUUAGUAAUUUGAAACAAGCGCUGCUCGACGGGGGAAGAAAGGAUGUUGUGAUAAGUUUGGGUCUGAAGAUUGACAGACUGAGGAAAACUCCGUUAGUUGGGUUGCGCUAAAGAGUAAUAUCCAAGAGCCAUUCUACAUGUAGUGAUGGCAGCUAAAGACUGAUGUAUUAGAGUUUUGGAGCUUAUUUUUGUUUAUCCAGUGUUCAAAUUGUGGUACUAUUGUUUGACAACGUUGCAUAUUACUUGGAGGAAAUCAGAAAACGAAAGUUGCACAGAUCAACGUUCGAAAA